AUGGCGAAGAAGAAAAGCAAAAAGUCACAGAAACCGGUGGAACCGGCUGAUCCACCUGACAACGUGCCGGUCAACUCGGAAGACCUGGCUGCCGACGCGCCUGGAGCCCUAUUGCAAGAGGAGCCAUCAGCCGCAGAAGCAAUGUCCGGGGAGCAGUCGGUGCAACCCGCUUCUGAAGUGGAGACCGAGGGUACGAUUACCAAGUCAGCGGAAAUGCCCACAUCUGCAUCUUCACAACACGGCGACAGCUUAGAGACUAUUCCCGACGAGGUUGCAGCGUCAUCAGCCGUUAACGACGCAUCUACUGCAGACCUAGAUCCACCUAUGGAGCAAGAGCAGGAAACCGAACUUCACCCAGAGCCAAUCCGUGUCACAGAAUCUGGGGCAGCCUUACAGACUUCUGAGGAUACCCCAGCUGUCACCGACGAGGUUGAACAGGCACUAACAACCACGGCCGACGACACAGUUGAACCAGAAAUCGUGCCAGAAGAAGAGCAGCAUGUGACUGAAGAAGACAAGAGUACACAGCCAUCUGAAGAAGUUGUAGCUACAUUGGUGCUUGAUACAGAAUCAGAUAUUACUCAAGAGCCAACCAUGUCCGAAUCACCUGCAGUGCCAACCGAAGACCCGGCAUCCACAUCUGAACCUGCUACAACCGAAGCAGAACCGGAAGUUCCUGCAGAGAGCGCCCCUGAUAUGGUGGAAGAAAAUGCCGCGCCAGAAGAACCAAUGGAAGCAAAUUCCAGUGAAGAACCAAUAGAGCCGGAGCCGGAGCCACAACCAGAGGCAGAGCCUGUAGCGCCAACCACCACAGAAGCAGUUGAAGACGAUACAGCCCCUGAAUCACAAUCAGCCGAACCGACUGAGGCUGUCGACGAGGUUGUCGACGAGGUUAUUGACGACGCUCCAGCCGAGGAAACUCCCGUCUUACCGUCAGAGGAACCUGAGUCUAUUGAGGAUCUACCCUUGGAGGCUGAAGCGUCGGCAAUACUAGAGCCAGAAGACGAGCCAUCAUUACCACCCGUGCUAGACGCGCCAACUCUCGAUUCAGAACCUUUACCUGAGGCAGAGCCAGUCGAAGCUGAAACAGAGCCAACAAUGGAACCUGCUGCUCUACCGGAUGAGGAAGAACCCAGCACCACGGACGAGGCUCGGCAAGCUGCUGAAGCAGAAGCAGAGGCAGAGGUAGCAGCAGCAGCCACAGCAGCAGCAGCAGAGGCAGCAGCAGAGGCAGCAGCAGAGGCAGCAGCAGAGGCAGCAGCAGAGGCAGCAGCAGAGGCAGCAGCAGAGGCAGAGGCAGAGGCAGAAGCACUGGAGCACGAACGACUUGAACAGCAAAAGCUUGAAGAUGAUGCCAAGAUAGCCGCGGAAGCUGAAGCUGAAGCCCAACGGCAAGAGCUAGAAAGAGUCGAGCGUGAGAGGUUAGAAGCCGAAGCAGUUGAAGCUGAAGCUAAAGAACUGUUGGAGCGUGAGAGGUUAGAGGCUGAAGAGGCUGAAGAGGCUAAAGCUAAAGAGCUCCUGGAGAAGUCCGAGCAAGAACGGCUUGUAAGAGAAGCCCAAGAAGAGAUGGAAGCUAACGAAGCCGCGGAAGCUGCCGAACGGGCUGAAGAUGAGACCAGAGCCAAGGAAGAGGAAGAGCGCAAAGAGUCGGAGAGACUAGAGCAAGAACGGGUAGCCCGUGAGAUGGUUGAGCAAGAAAGACAGGAGCAGAUCGCCGAAGCCAGGAAGCUUUUGGAGCUAAUGGAACAAGAACGGCGUGAAGAAGAAGAAGCACGUGAAGAAAUGGAAGCUGCAGCUAUGGCCGACCGUGCUCGAAGAGCGGCAGAACAGCUCGACCGGGAACGACUCAACCGAGAGCAACAAGAGCAAGAGCAACUACAUCAUGACCAAACAGAGCACGAUGGACUUGAGACGGAAGCUCGAGCUGCUCCAGAUACUGACGAGCAUGCCCAAAGAGCGGCUGAUCAAGAUGAGGCUGCUCGGUCAGCUGCCGAAGAGCCACGAUGGCGACAUACGUCACACCAGGAAGAAGCACCCCAGGUACCACAAGCAUCAGCCCGUGCGAGGCAACCACUAGCGGAAUCACCAGCACGUGGUUCGUCACCUUCUUCGGCGGUGCCUGGCAUGCACGACCGUUCUCCAACCUCAGCCACGUUUGAUCCACCCUUCCGAUCGUAUCGAUCUGCCGCGCCACAUGCACCGAAGCUUAGAAGGCAAGAAGCGGGCCCAAACCAUGUCCCGAAGCCUUAUGCUGUAUCCCAGCUCAUUGAGGAUAAUAGACCACCUGCACCCAGUCCGCCUAUGAGCAGAGUACGACCGAGCGGUUUCGCGUCCCGAGUGCCUGUCGAACCAGCCUAUCCGGCCCCUCCACCAAAUUAUCACCCAAGCUACUAUGCCCCGCCAUCCCAGCCGCCUCACUACCCAAAUCAUGGCUACGGUAUGAGUCAGCAGGGCUAUCCCGCCCCUAACCCCAAUCCUUACGGCCCUUCGUCGCACUCUUCCUCUUCUCCGUACCAAGAACCAUGGAGCCAAUACCCACCUGGGUACCCUCCUUACGGCAGCCCACCGCGACGACAGGACUCCUCGGGCUCUAGAGAUUAUCCUUUACAUGCUCCCGACGGUCGACCCGCAAUCGAAGACGGGUCAGGCGACGUAUUUUCACGCAUCGCCGCGACCAUCCCAGACCUGCACGUGCUACUUGCACGCUACAAAGAGACCCACAGUCAGCUUAGUGUGAGAGAAGACUUACUGCGUCGAGCAGGCGCCGAGCAGGAAGAGAAGCUCAGAGCAAAGGAUGGUGAGAUUGGUGAGCUAAAGGCGAAGAUUUACGACUUGGAAAAUAGAAAUUCUGCCGAGGCACACAGACUACAUCUCCAGAUUGGUAACCUGGAAGAGCAGGUCAAAGAGCUUCGCGAGCAGCUCGCCGACACUAGAAAGUAUAAGAGAGAGGCUGAAGAGACCAAGCUGGUAUUGGAUGCAGCGAUGAAGUCUUGGGAGGCUAGGUAUAAAGAGCUGGAAGAUGUGCACCGUACCUUGGAGAGGACGACGGCCGAGGAGAGGGCAAGAGCAUGGAGAGACUUUGACGAGUGGAAGGCCACCACCAACACGAAACACGAUGCCGAGAAAAUUGCGCUCGCUAUCCAGUUUGACAAGAAGCUGAAGCAAGCUGAAUCCGCUGCUGAUCAAGCACGAGAGGAAGCUGCCGAAGCUGCCGAGCUCAAGGCCGAGCUCGAAGAUGCUCUCAGGCGCGAGCAGGAGCUCAUCCAGGAGCGCGACAGUCUCCAGCAGAACUGGGAAGAGCAGCGCAAUCUCUUGGACUCUAAAUACCAACAGACUCGAGACGAUGCCAUCAGGAAAGCCGAAGAGGAGUCGGCUAGAGCUGAUCGUCUGGCUGAAGAGAAGGAAGAACUGUUGCAACAGUACGACCAACUCAAGGCUGAGAGUCAGAGAGAGAAGGAGAUCAUCAAGAGCGUCGCUAGCAAUCUCGAAUCUGAGAAGUCUAGGCUCGAAAAGAUGAUGGAAUGCUACGGGGAUAUCGCCGAGAUCAAAAGCAAGGGUGACAACUACUAUCUGGUAUCCUUUGCACAGCUUCAGAACCAAAUCAUCGAUCUAGCUACCGCCCACUUCGUUCAUCUUCCCGUACGGCCGCCGGUGGACGAUCUUGCGCAGGUGCCGUCCAACCUUCCAUCGUUCCUUGGGGAUACUAUAGCCUCUCGACAAGUUCGAGUGGCAUAUGUAGUCCAUACAGUGGCAAAGCUCAUCACCUAUCGCGUUUUCGGUCCAUUCCUGUUCAGUCUCGGUCGCCGCUACGACAAAGCCGACUCGUUGUUCACUUCCAUGAGCCACCACAUCCGUGACAAGAGCACUCGAAAGGAAGCGAUCUGGCGACAACAGACCCUUCUUGCUGCAUUCACAAGCUCCGGCGCAAAGCAGCGCAUCAAUACUGCUGCAGGAACGGUUGUUGAAGAAAUUGUCAACGCUAUCAAACACUUUGCGGACCCGAAAGAGGAGGAGGGCAUCAAGAUUUCCGUGAAGCGCAUCGUGAAGCUCGCUGCUGAGACAUGGAGAUUUGCCCGCCUCGAGCGUGAGAUGAUCAUCGCGGCCAUGCCUGCCCUACAGGAUGAAGAACACCAGUUCACGAGUAAUGAGUAUUGGCCAGCUUACACGCCAGAAGGUACUGCAGAAGUCGAACUUCCAGAAGGGUCGCAGCCACAACUGCUGCUCAGGAUGUUCCCUGUCAUCUAUCGAGAUGCAAAGCACGAGAAUUUCCAGAACAACGGAGAGAGCCGCGACGAAGGCUGCGUGUUCCAUCAUGGACUCGCUUUGUAUAGUGAUGCAGAGCCGGUUGUGAAAAGGAUGGAGGAACUCAAAUCUGCUGGUCUGCCUUCCCAUACCACUGCAUUAACGAGUCCGACUGACGAGGGCAAGUUUCCGCCGCCGGCAUGCCCUCCCCCCCGAGACGCGCCGCCAUCUCCCCCCGUUCCUCCCAGUCCUCGAUCGCCGACCAAGACCGAGACGAAUAUGGCUGAAAAGGGCCCAGAGACGUCCUCGCGCAUCAAGCGGGCAUCUUUACCCUUUUCCAACCAUGCUCCUGGCGGCAGAUCUGACUUUACUCCACCCUCCGCCUACACGCGCCCAAUGGCUCCUCCGACGUCCGUAUUCACGUCGCCGAGAAACUUUAUUGGUAUGCCCGUCGAGAGUCUGGCUCCCUCACAAGCGCCAACUGCACGGAGGAAGGGUCCACCGCUGCCACCAAAGCCAUCAUCGAAACCCGAAAUCCCGUUGCCCGCUGCAACAUGGGUAGAGGCUCUCCGUCAUCAGACAUCAACAGAAAGCGCAAUCCUGCCCCCAUCCUUCUCUCGCACUACGACUCAGGACACUGUCCAAGAUGCAGACGCGAAUUCUAGCUCCGGCCCACCCACACCCACAGAUGCGGUGACUGAGGUCUUUGACGCUAUAGACGAUAUCGAAAGCCUGCUGCCUCAACGCACGCCGACUACACCGAUAUCGCACUCACGUCGUCGGUCCACGCACACUCGCCGGUUCGUGGACCAUCCCAUUGAAGAGGAUAUACCUGAACGACCGGACUCGGCCCGCCGAAAGAGCUAUGCUGCAAGUGUACGCACCCAUAAGUCGGCUGAUACCGAGCGUACUGAUAAGAGUGAUCGUACGAGUCGCACGGAGAAGAGUGACCGCUCGGAUAAAACUGAGCAGCGUACUACGCUCGACAAGGCUCGCUACUUGUGGGAGAGUCGCGGCGCUGCCAUGAAGGCCUUGUACCCCAACAGUCCAUUCGCCGGGCAAAGCACAAACGGCAGUACCAAGAACUCGAGCAAGAGUGAAAGGAGCGAAAGAAGCGAGAGGAGUGAGAGGAGGAAGGAUAGGAGCAACACGACAUCUUCAAGAGAGUCCAGGGAGUCGAGAGAGUCAAAGAGGGAGUCGCGAGAGCUGAAGAGGCAGAAGAGUUUCCCGGACAACGCAACAUGGGAUACAAACAGCGUCAUCACCAACGAGGAUUUCGCACCUACUACAAUCUCAACAAACGUACCCUAUCCAACCCCUCAACACUCAAGGCGGGACUCAAAGGAGGUGAAGAGAGAGUCGAAGGAUCUCCGAAGGCAGCCCAGUAUCUCCGUCGCUGGAACGUGGGACACUGCCAGCGAGGUCACGCAUCGUGCACCUCCUACCACCGUCUCUACUAAUGUUCCUUAUCCAAUGGAGUAUCCCGAGGAGCAUCCGUGGGAGUUGAGGCAUCUGAGACGAGAGAGAAGCAUCGCCGAUGAUGAUACUUGGAUUGCCGACAACGCUACCUGGGACACGAGCAGUGAGAUUACUCAGCGUGGUCCUGCUACAACUGUAUCAACCAACGUUCCCUAUUCCACCGAGCGACCUCGUGAGGCGAGACGAAUGAGUGUCUCCGACGCUGGUACAUGGGACACAGACAGUGAGGUGACGACGGCCCCUCGUGCACCCCCUACGACCGUCUCGACCAACGUUCCUUAUCCAUCCCAGUUACCGCGACAACUGAGAAGGCUGAGCGUCUCAGAUGCUGGGACGUGGGAUACUGCCAGUGAGGUGACUCAUCAUGCUCCACCAACGACGGUGUCGACCAAUGUGCCGUACCCGGCCGAGCUACCUCGACAGAUCAGACGACUGAGAAGUGUCUCUGAUGCUGGUACUUGGGACACUAGCAGCGAGGUCACGCAUCGACCUCCUCCCACUACAGUAUCGACCAAUGUCCCUUACCCAGGUGGGCAUGUUGAAAAGGGGCCUUUUGAAAGGCUGAGGAUGGAGAACAGUUACUCCGAUGACGGCGGUUCCGACUCCGGCACUUGGGACACGAGCAGUGAAAUCACUCACGCGAACAACGGUCCAGCUACGACCGUAUCCACCAAUGUGCCCUACCAGACUGAAAGGUCUGCGAAGCCCGAGAGACCCGAGAGGCCCAAGAGCUUGAGAAGGAAGACUAGCCCCCCUGUUUCAGUCGCCGGAACUUGGGACACGGCCAGUAUUAUUACGACGAAUGAUGACAUGAAGACGGGUGUUUCGACGAAUGUGCCGUACUCAGCCGAUCGCCGAUUCCGAUAAGAGACGCAAUAGUAGUACAAAGGAGAGUGUAAUGGUGUACCUGGGUCGUCCCAGGGGGUAUGUCCUUUUCUUAAGUUGCAUGUUCUUGAUUAUUGGCUAUUGCGAUUUUGAUUUAUGUUGUCCGCAUGGUCGCGACAUGUUGAACAACUGCAUAUGAAGCGCUGUUGAAGGCUACAUCGACGAAUUGUAUGGAACAUGAGCCUAUCUAUAGGCAUUAGCACGAAGUUUGACGGCAGAAACAACGUAGUGGAUGAGGUGAUGGAUGCAUUUAUGUAGCACGGCGUUUUUUGGAUUGUUGGUUUUUUGGCUUUUAGUUUUUCGAUUCUUAAUAGACGACCGACCUUUGUAAGAUAGCAAUUCAUACCACUUGCUUUUGCA